CGAUUGUGUAGCCAUAUUAUUACCAGCUGUCCUUCAGUGGUUUGCCCCGAAAUGUUCUGUGUAGUCAAGGCUUAGACGUAAAAGCUUGGAGCAACUGGAGCAUGGCUGUGGCUUGAGUAUACCACAAGCUGCAUUCCAACUGCUCGAGGAGCCGGCGUGGUUCCCUAGGCUGCUCGGCUGCGACAACGUGGCUAAAGCACUCUUGGCUUCUGGGUUAUGAAUAGCCUUCGAAUGGCUGAGGAUACUCAGGAUCAGUGCAUGCCGACAGCCCUGCAGCCACGUCCCGGUUGGGAGAAAGCCGCCCGGAAUCCAGACGCUGUCCACUGCAGCCCUGACAUCUUGUCCACCCCAAGCACUGGCUACACGGGGCCGCUGUAUCAGCCCCCUAAAGGUUCACCCCGGCAGUAUAGUGAGGAUGCCGGGGACAUGGACCAGACGUCAUACACAUCAGUUCAACAGGGUCACAGGCUGGGCCGUACUAACAACGCGGACGGCACUGCCGCUAGUGUUUCAGUCGCUGGCCUCAGCGUGGGCCUCCAGGGCGGCGACAGCGGCUUUGUGUACGAGAUCCCGCAGCCCACCGGCGGGCGCCCCGUGUGGGAUUCCCGCUUCCACUUGGAGCGCACAGCCUGGGAGAUGCAGCCGCGCACGGUGUUGCUGCGCCCGCCCUCCUCCAACGCCUUUCCCGGCGGCGGCAAGCGCUACAACAUCUCCACCUCUGAUGGCUACUUCAAUAACGGUCCCGGCAGUGCCUAUGGCGAGCUGCUGGCUCAGCAGCAGGGCCAGCGCCGGCCCUCUGGUGUAGGCAGCUUGGAUGCAGAGCGGAGCACUCGAUCGGGGUCCCCGAGAGUGGGAAGCACGGACGGCUAUGGCGGCCACGCAACCAUCCUCCCCGGCCUCAACGUCGUCUCUCCCUCCCUGAAGCCCAGUCCCUAUCACAACCGCCCUGUCGCCCCUGUGUCACCUACACGGAGUUCCCCCGUGCCGGUACCGACUUCAGCAGCCUCGCAGCCUCGUCCAUCCCGUGCUGACCUUGUAGAGUCGUACGUUGGACGAGCAUACAGCCCGGAGGAAUCACCGUACCUGCAGGGUGCGGGCUUUGAGACCACGUCCUUCUUGGCGGGUGGCGGCAUUGCUACCGCAGCGCAUGGGCAUAGCGGCGCUACCAGCAAGGCGGCAGCGGCGGCGGCGGCUUCAAGGGACCAUGGGGCAGAAGCGGACGAUGAGGGAAGCGGUGUGGAUGGUCAGGGAACCCACCUGCCGGCGCUGGACAAGGCUUACCUAAACAAGCCAUGGGUCAGCAGCGUGUUGGGCGGCAAGCCGGCUGGCAAGGGCACGGUCAACCUGCGGCCGGCGUUCACGCCGGGUGCCGCUUACCUGCCGGCGAAGAAGCGGCUCGCGCGCAGCGCACGGCAGCCGACAAAGAAGCCGGAGACGGCGGUGCGGCGGCCAGCGUCGCUGCCCAUUCAUGCGACUCACACCAUGGGCCACCACGAUGGCGACUGUGCUGGGGCCUUUGACUCGAUUGACCGAGGCCAGGACGCUGGUGCGCAGUCCUUGGGUGCAAGCGCCUGGCGCCCGUCCGGCAUGCAGCCCAUUCCGGAGGGCGUGCCGCCUGCGCCGCUGGGUGCCCGUCGGUCCGUUGGUGCUGGAGAGAAGACUGUAUCACAGGAGGAGGCGGACCGUCGCCGGGCUGCUCCGCGCAAUCCCAACAUCUACAGCCCUGAGCGGUACCCGCUAGUGGGGCAGGGCUGGUUCAUGCCGCCAGAGAAGUUCCCGCCCAACCCGCUGUACGCCGGCGUCCGAGCCAAGUACAUGGACAUUCGGCCGCGGCGAGAUGAUAAUGAGCUCGACGUUAAACACAGCACCCCGCACAUGCCCGACAUCCACUUCAAGCCCUGGCUCAACCCCGGAAAGCACCUCGUCACAGACUCCUCCGCCCCGCCGCCCCGACCCAUGGGUCAGCCUGGAGCCCGGCCAUCGUACGCCGUCUCGCCCGCAGCUGCAGCCCCGCACAGGGGGCCGGGAAGGGGCGGCGGCAAGGGUCGGAAGAAGCGCGAGAGCUCAAGCGGAAGGAGCGUUCAGAGCGAGAGUGCCAGCGCUAGCGAAGCAGAGCACGGCGGAGAUCGGGAGGUGCUUGCGGUGAUCCGCGGGGUGAAGCUCAUGUCCAUGGUCAAGCGCGGAAACUUGGAGGAGGAGGCGCAGCUGCAGGCCGAGGAGGACGCAGAGUUUGCGGCUGAGGACGCUGCAGCAGGUGCAGAGAGGAAGGCCCAGCGGCAAGGAAACGCAGGGGGGAAGGAAGCGGGCGAUGGGAAAGCGCCGGUGCUGCCAUCGCUGCUGCAACAGCUGCUGGUGACGAAGGAGUCGACACAGGUAGGGCAGCAGCAGCAGCAGCAGAACCAGGCGCGGGUUGGGCAGGAGGACAAGGAGGAGCGCCGCGCUUCAGCGAACCACUCUGCCUCCCCAAGCCGGACGUCUAGCAAGAGCAGCAGCCACAAGGCCGCCCCGGUGCCUGCGGUAGUUGAGCAGGAGUCGUCCGCGGCGGGAGUCAGCGCUGAACCAUCUGCUGUUACCAGCAAAGGAGGAAAGGCCGAUAGCGAGGAGGAAGAUGGAGCCAGCUCCCAGGCAGACGCAGCAGACCCUGACGAAGCAGGCGCUGACGACGAAUCCGGUGAUGGCGGUGAGGAGGAUGAUUACGAGGAUGACUAUGCAGCAGAUGAGGAGAACGGGGAUGCUGGGGAGGAUGGCGGAAGCCGGUCGAAGGAGGGAGACGGGGAGGAGGAGGGGGAGCCCGCUUCGAAGGAGCUAGAAGAGCCUGCUGCAAAGGACAGGGACGGGGAGGAGGAAGACGAGCCUGCUGCCAAGGACGAGGGUGGGAAGGAGGAAGACGGGCCAGCUGCUAUGGAAGCAGAGGGAGCGGAGGAAGGUGGAAGCGCUGCUCAGGAUGGAGGCGAAGAGCAGGAGGAUGCAGGGGAGGAGAGCGAGGAGAAGGAAGCAGCGGAGGACGAGGAGGAGGAGCAGAAGGAAGCAGCAGCGGAGGACGAGGAGGAGGAGCAGAAGGAAGCAGCAGCGGAGGACGAGGAGGAGGAGCAGAAGGAAGCAGCAGCGGAGGACGAGGAGGAGGAGCAGAAGGAAGCAGCAGCGGAGGACGAGGAGGAGGAGCAGAAGGAAGCAGCAGCGGAGGACGAGGAGGAGGAGCAGAAGGAAGCAGCAGCGGAGGACGGGGAGGAGGAGCAGAAGGAAGCAGCAGCGGAGGACGAGGAGGACCAGAAGGAAGCAGCCGCGGAGGACGAGGAGGAGGAGCAGAAGGAGGCAGCGGCGGAGGAAGAAGAGGAGCAGAAGGAGGCAGCAGCGGAGGACGAGGAGGAGGAACAGAAGGAAGCCGCAGCGGAGGAGGAAGAGGAGCAGAAGGAAGCAGCAGCAGAGGAGGAAGAGGAACACAAGGAGGCAGUAGCGGAAGAUGAGGAGGAGGAGCAGAAGGAGGCAGCAGCAGAGGAUGAGGAGGAGGAGCAGAAGGAGGCAGCAGCGGAAGAUGAGGAGGAGGAGCAGAAGGAGGCAGCAGCGGAGGAUGAGGAAGAGGAGCAGAAGGAGGCAGCAGGCGAUGACGAGGAGUACGGCAGCGGUGGCUCCGCUGCCGGGGCUGAGGAGGCAGGGCAUGAUGACGAUGACGAUGCUGAGCUGGCAGAGGCGGCAGCGGUGGCUGUUGGGUACGGAGAGGAC